GCGGCGGCCGGCCGGGGAUGGGCGGCCCGGCGGCGCGGAGGGGCGCCGGGGGGCUCCGCGCGCUGCUCCUGGCGCUGCUGGCCGCGGGGACCCCCGCGGGCGCCUACAACCUGGACCCGCAGCGCCCCGUGCGCUUCCAGGGCCCCGCCGGUUCCUUCUUCGGCUACGCGGUGCUGGAGCACUUCCACGACAACACGCGCUGGGUCCUUGUGGGCGCACCAAAGGCAGAGUCCAAGUACAGCACUUCAGUGAUCCCCGGGGCUGUGUUUAAGUGCCGCGUCCACACCAACCCUGACCGGAGAUGCACCGAAUUAGACAUGGCUCGAGGGAAGAAUCGGGGCAUGUCGUGUGGAAAGACCUGCCGGGAAGACAGGGAUGACGAGUGGAUGGGGGUGAGCCUGGCCCGGCAGCCCAAGGCUGAUGGCCGCGUGCUGGCCUGUGCCCACCGCUGGAAGAACAUCUACUAUGAAACAGACCACAUCCUGCCCCAUGGCUUCUGUUACAUCAUCCCGUCCAACCUCCAGGCCAAAGGCAGGACGCUGAUCCCCUGCUAUGAAGAGUAUAAGAAGAAGUACGGAGAGGAACACGGCUCCUGCCAGGCUGGGAUAGCAGGCUUCUUCACCGAGGAGCUGGUGGUGAUGGGUGCCCCAGGGUCAUUUUAUUGGGCCGGCACGGUCAAGGUGCUGAACCUUACGGACAACACCUAUUUCAAGCUGAACGACGAAGCGAUCAUGAACAGGCGGUACACGUACCUGGGCUACGCAGUGACUGCCGGCUCCUUCUCUCGACCGUCCACCACCGACGUGGUGGGAGGUGCCCCCCAGGACGAAGGCGUCGGGAAGGUUUAUAUUUUUAGAGCUGAUCGAAGAUCGGGCACCUUGAUUAAGAUUUUUCAGGCAUCAGGUAAAAAGAUGGGCUCUUACUUCGGCUCCUCCUUAUGCGCAGUUGACCUGAACGCGGACGGCCUCUCUGACCUGCUGGUGGGGGCCCCCAUGUUCUCUGAGAUCAGGGACGAGGGGCAGGUCACUGUCUACAUCAACAGAGGCAAUGGAGCCCUCGAGGAGCAGCUGGCCCUCAACGGCGAUGGCACCUACAACGCACACUUUGGGGAGAGCAUCGCCAGCCUGGGCGACCUUGAUGACGAUGGCUUCCCGGAUGUGGCCAUUGGUGCACCCAAGGAGGAUGACUUCUCGGGGGCCGUCUAUAUCUAUCACGGCGACGCUAGUGGGAUCGUCCCUCAGUACUCAAUGAAACUGUCGGGGCAGAAGAUAAGUCCGGUUCUGGGGAUGUUUGGUCAGUCCAUAUCAGGAGGCAUUGAUAUGGAUGGAAAUGGCUAUCCUGAUGUGACUGUUGGAGCCUUCAUGUCCGACAGUGUAGUUCUCCUAAGGGCGAGACCCGUCAUCACGGUGGAUGUCUCCAUCUUCCUCCCGGCCUCCAUCAACAUCACGGCGCCUCAGUGUCACGAUGGGCUGCAGCCUGUGAACUGCCUGAAUGUCACCGCCUGCUUUAGCUUCCACGGCAAGCAUGUUCCAGGAGAAAUUGGCCUCAACUACGUUCUGACGGCUGAUGUGGCCAAAAAGGCAAAGGGCCAGUUGCCCAGGGUCUACUUUGUGUUGCUGGGCGAGUCCGUGGGUCAGGUCACAGAGAAGCUGCAGCUGGUCCACAUGGAGGAGAUGUGUCACCACUACGUGGCCCACGUGAAGCGGAGAGUUCAGGACGUCAUCAGUCCCAUCGUGUUUGAAGCCGCCUACAGCCUGGGUGAGCAUGUGACCGGAGACGAGGAGAGGGAGCUGCCGCCUCUGACACCAGUGCUCCGCUGGAAAAAGGGACAGAAGAUUGCCCAGAAGAAUCAGACCGUCUUCGAAAGGAAUUGCCGUUCAGAGGACUGUGCCACAGACCUGCAGCUUCGGGGUCAGCUGUUGCUCUCCAGUGUGGAUGAGAAAACCCCAUACCUAGCUUUGGGAGCUGUGAAGAAUAUCUCCCUAAACAUCUCGAUCUCAAACCUUGGGGACGACGCCUACGAUGCCAACGUGUCCUUCAAUGUUUCCCGCGAGCUCUUCUUUAUCAACAUGUGGCAGAAGGAGGAAAUGGGCAUUUCCUGUGAACUGCUGGAAUCAGACUUCCUCAAAUGCAGCGUGGGAUUUCCUUUCAUGAGGUCCAAGUCAAAGUAUGAAUUCAGCGUGAUCUUUGACACCAGCCACGUGUCUGGGGAAGAGGAAGUUCUUAGCUUCAUCGUUACCGCUCAGAGUGGCAACGUGGAGCGCUCCGAGUCCCUGCAUGACAACACCCUCACGCUGACGGUGCCGCUGAUGCACGAGGUGGACACGUCCAUCACUGGAAUCAUGUCUCCAACCUCCUUUGUGUACGGCGAGUCUGUGGAUGCGUCCAACUUCAUUCAGCUGGAUGACACGGAGUGUCACUUUCAGCCCCUCAACAUCACCCUUCAGGUCUAUAAUACUGGGCCAAGCACCCUUCCUGGGUCAUCUGUCAGUAUCACUUUCCCCAAUCGACUGUCAUCUGGAGGUGCAGAAAUGUUUCAUGUCCAGGAGAUGAUGGUGGGCCAAGAGAAGGGAAACUGUUCUUUCCAAAAAAACCCAACCCCCUGCAUCAUCCCUCAAGAGCAAGAAAAUAUCUUCCAUACGAUAUUUGCCUUUUUCACAAAGUCUGGAAGAAAAGUCUUGGACUGUGAAAAACCAGGAAUCUCUUGCCUAACAAUGCACUGUAACCUUAGCGCGCUUGCUAAAGAAGAAAGUCGUACUAUAGACAUUUACAUGCUGCUGAACACAGAAAUAUUGAAGAAGGACAGUUCAUCUGUCAUCCAGUUCAUGACCCGUGCCAAGGUCAAGGUGGAUGCUGCCCUGAGGGUGGUGGAGAUAGCCAAUGGGAACCCAGAAGAGAUGACGGUGGUCUUCGAAGCCUUGCAUAAUCUGGAGCCCCGUGGCUAUGUCGUGGGCUGGAUCAUUGCCAUAAGUCUGCUGGUGGGAAUACUCAUCUUCCUGCUGCUGGCUGUUCUGCUCUGGAAGAUGGGCUUCUUUCGCCGAAGGUACAAAGAAAUUAUUGAAGCUGAGAAAAACCGGAAAGAGAACGAAGACAGUUGGGACUGGGUCCAGAAAAACCAGUGACCUGCCACACCAGUCACGUGACCCAAUCGGCCGCCUGUCGUCCUUGAUCUUUGUAUCUUCCAUAUUUGGAAGAAAGAAUCUUCUCCAGAUUUUUCGGAGGCCCCACUGAUGCUGUUCUCUUCCUCGUUUUUUGUCAAGCCCAGGAGCCACCCUGAGGCAGCCGCUCCGGCCAGGUCACGUGACUGGAGCCACCACCUGUGUCUUCUUAAAGGUGAACUCCGAACUUGGGAAAGCAAGCUACAGAGGUGAACCAUAUUUAUGGAUGCAACGUGCGUGGUCAACCCUCAGGGGAAAACUGUUACCUAAAAGUAUUUUUAUAAAUAUAAGCCUUUUAUAUACUGAUUAUGUCUUUAUAUUUGUAUCGAUGUUUUAUUAUUUCUAUUAAAUAGUUAUAUAAUUCACUCAAGCACUGAUCUCUGGGCUGAAAUCUUGGAAGUACGUGUGCAUCCAUAGAAAUCUGAUCGUACUUUGGGACUUGCUGUUAAAAAGACACGUGCACAUAAAAUAAUCUGAGGAGACCUCGUGUGAGCCACGAAGCAGGCGGCACCACACGUAUACCGGUUGAGGUCAGACCCCUAAGACAAUUCGCAUCUUUGUUGCCUGGAGUCGUUUGAAAUAAUGUGCUAAAGGACUCUAAGCGGUUUUUCAUACAUCCCUUGCAUCGGAAGGCUUCCAACAGGACUUUGGAUGGAAAAACCUGCCCCUGGCACAAGUCUGCUCGGCAUCACCUAUACGGACAUCACACCCUCCUUCCGCUUGGAUUGAUGGACGAGAGCUUGGAGCAAGGCCGUUGGGUCACCCGGCAAACCUCAGCAAGGCAUCUCAUCCUGGACGUCAUGCAUCCGAGUCCACUCACCGCGAGGACUAAGUCAGUGCCCACCAAGCAAAGACUUGUGUCAGAAUGCUGUGAUGUGUUGCCUUUUCGUGGUAAUUUGAGGUCAGAGGUCUCCACUUCCCCUCCCACUCUUGCUGUCCCAGCUGAUGGCCAUUGCAGAUUCCUUCCCAGAGAUGACCAUUCAACCUGUCCUUAGUUUUUAAAACAGCGUCUUAAGGGAGGUUCCCCGAAAGCAGACUCCAGUACAAAGAUUUGCCUGCAAGUAACUGAAUAAGGUAGUGUUCUGCCCGUAGGAGACGGCAGUAAAGGGGUGAGGGAAGCAGGACAGGGAAGGGGAGGAAGCCAGGCAAGGGUGCCAUUUCAGAGGACAUCCCGAGGAGGGUAGCUUCAGCCUGAUCCUGCAGGGAGCUCUGGAGGUAAGUUAUGUCCCAGAGUCGCCCCAACCCGGGGCAAGGGAGCUGAUCUUUCAGAUUCUUGGGUGCAGGGGAGCUAUAAAUUUCCCACUCUCAGCUCCGGCUGGCAGAACGGCUCCGACAGCCCAGAGGCAGUCCUCUGCAGGAGAGCUGCAAAUGCACCCCCAGCCCGGGGAGGCAUCCAGAAAGGAUGUGAAAAAGAAUGCACUGGGACCUGGGCGCAGCGCUGGCACUGCCCUGCCCACCGCGCGCCUGAAUGCUGAGUUGCUGCCCUCGGUUCCAGUCUCCCUGUUUGCCGGUUGGUGUUUAUCAUCAGCCGCGCUGUGCCGCCUGGUUUUGAGUGCAAUGUGAUUUUCUAGAAGGGCAAUGAGAUGAUGCGUGUAGUGUGCCCGGCACAGCGCCUGGACCGCAGGGGACACUCAGUAACUGGCCGCAGCCCUGGCCGCGGUCGCCACAAACCUUCUGAUGAGAGAAAAAAACACGCGGCUGAGAACAGGGUCUGACAAAGGGUCCUUAACGGCUUAUUACAGCCCGCUGGAGCCCCAGGUGCAUAAAAGAUGUUAGCAAAUGGGACCGAAAGAAGAAACAAGACGGGGACCUUUCUUGUAGGGCCUCGUCUACUGGAAGCUAACGUGUUGGGGGGUCUGUGAACAUCGUGGCAAAGACGCAGAACUCCAGAGGAGACAGGCUUUUCCACGCACAUACUUGGCUAAUACUUGGAAAGAUAGCAAAGUUUAGGCAAAAUCGUGAGGAUGCCGGACAGUUGUGAACCUGGCGUGGAACAGAAGCGUCUUUUCAUUUCUUAUUAUGCAGUUGACUCUGAUGCAGAAAGACAAUGAACGUAUUAUGUGUCCCUUCCUGGUGAAUCUGGGAAUAGAUGACAAGGCCAGAGGGUCAAUGGCAUGAACUAGGCUGAUCUUAGAAUGAAGGCGGGGAUGUUGCUUCUGACAGGGACGGAGGCAGAGGUAGCUACCGGGCAGAUGCAGUCAAAGACACCAGUUGUCAGAGUUCCCCCGUGAGUUGUAUCAAAAGUAGUGAGGGCAGUUUUGAGGGGGUCUUGGUCACUCGCUUAAAGGACACCUUUAAGCUGUGCAUCAGGAGCUGCGUUAAGUGCUGGGGCUUCCCCAGAGGACUCCGUCACAUUCUGCCCGGAGAGCCAAACCUUCCCGCCAGAGGCGGAUGGAGAGUCUCCUCUGUGAGACCCCAUGUGCGGCUUUCCCUCAAUGGACUUUUGCUCAUAGUAUCAUGCUGUCCUUUAAUAAGCCACUGAAGAUUGUUAGGCGGUAGGCCUGCAUCAGCUCCCUCAGCGGCUUUGGACAAACGCAUUUACAGCCUGUAACCAGCUCCCUUACGAGGGGUACAGACGCACUGGUGGCCACGUAGAGGAUGACUCCUCCUGUCCCUGUGGACGGUCUCGGAGCCAGGAUCUGUUUGCCCCUGGUCGAUUCUGAACGGCAGACCCACAUGGGCAGUCAUACGCUCAGGAGAUCACUAAGACUUCACAAGGCAGCCACUCCAGGAAUCUGUCCGGAGAAGGACGGUGCCUCUGCACGUCUGAUGGUGCUGAGUAGCAGGUGGGGCGACAGCAGGAAGUUAGCUGCUUGACACGGUGAUAAAGAAGCCCAGCCCACCGUGAGCCCUCUCAAUAGGCUCUCAGGGGAAGCAGGCAGGGUGAAUGGCAUCUGUACAACUUCUCCAGAAUAUUCUUUUGAAAGUCCACAGUGCAUUCCAGUUUCGAACCCUCCUGCUUCUGUGGGUUCACUGUGGAAUCCUAUCAGAUAUCCUCUUACACAGCAUUAGUUCAAUCUGCUUUGGCUUUUAGUUAUGUAUUCAGUAUGGUUUUAACUGAUGGGAAGAUUGAGACACUUUUUAAAUAUGAAAAAGGACCUUUGUAAAAAUUGAAAAUAAUGCCCGCUUUUCAAGAAUGGUUGACUUAUGCUCCGUUGAUAUGGGACUCAUGAGUUGGGGACAUCCCCAGAGUGAGUCCUAGACCUGUUCCCAAGAAAAGACCACAAGGUUUAGGAAUAAGGAGAUACUAGAAGAAGGGGGCGGGUCCAUUGGCUUGAUGGUGACUGACAGGCACACGUCAGGAAUCCGCUCUCUCGGUCAGCUGGUACCAGCAUCAGCAUCACCAGGAGUAUUCUCACGUUUGGUGAAUGUUGUAGAAAAUCCACUAGAAAGUCGUCUUUCACCAAGUCACGCAUAGCCUACCAUCUUUGAGCCAAAGGCAAGGGAGUUAAGAACAAACAGAAAACCAGCAGGCCUCCCAGGAAUAUCUGGGACCUGUUUUCAAUGCAGAAGUAUAGUAGAUCCCCCAAGUGAUACAUGUGCUGUGGGCUACCUGUUAAAACCCUAGCAGAGUCCUUUUUUUUAAAGGCUGUUCCGCUACUUUUAUUCUUGGAAAAGACAUUAUGGCCAGGGGAAUGCAGUUACACGUAGGUUACAUAUGAAAUGUGCAUCUGGUGAAACCCACAUGCACCUGACCCAGACUUCUGGGAAUAUAGAGGCCACGCAAAGGAUUGUUAUGUCGGGGAAAUGGCCCUUUAGCAGACAAAAGGCAGAAAGUGAGUGUCCUUUCAGAAGUGCUCCGACGCACAGGGGUCUAAGCAAUGUGUUGUUCUGCUGUGUGGAGCAGUGGUACACACAGCGGAUAAUAUUUUCUGAAACAAAGAAUGGCUGAAGGGAAGAUACAGAUGCCACCAGGGCCAAGAUGAACCUACUAGAAUGUCUUCCGAUUUUCAGCACAUUGGGAUAACGAGCAAAUUUCCCACAUGGUGCAAUGCUUUAUAGCACAAUGGUCUAGAUUUCAGACUUUGUUGUUGUUGUUGUUGUUGUUGUUUUUCCUAAUGUGCACGGUGUGACGGGCAGAGUGAGUUUAAAAGCUUUAAGAGUGAUUAAUUGCAUGGCAGACACCCACGCUAACUUCACUUCCAGAACUUGACUGAUGCAUCCAUGUAUAUUUACGUUGAGGAAUUUUGGUGGGAGGGGUGUUCCUCCUCCCAAAGUCAUUAAAAGUGUAUUAAAGUUUAUGCAGUCACUUCUAAUUCACUUGCACUGUUAGGGGAAUGCAGGUUUACAAAAAUACAUGUUUGGAAUAAAAAAUGGCUGCAAAUGA